AUGCUGGAGCGCACUUCGACCUGCCUUGAAUCCGGCGGACGCAAGCUUCUUCGCACCACAAAGCCAUGUCUUCGCGCCCGACGUUCCCUGCACUCGGCCUUUUGGCACCACGGUGCCAGCGACCUCAGCCUGCCUACAUGGUCGGCUGCACCUUCCGCGCACGAGAGCAGCAACGACAGUGCUGAAAGCCGAGCAGCCAAAACUCCAAUUUCCACACAAUCAGCCUCGCCCUCUGGCCCGCUUCUAGACUUUCUAUACCCCGAGAAAACCCUUGCCUUGCUCAGGCAACUAUCCGUCCCAACCAUCGACGCAACUUCGCCACGACGGCGCUGUAUUCAUGCUCCUCCUGUCCGCCACUACGCCACGGUACCCGCGCAUUAUGAACAGCCGGCAGUUGAGGAAGACGCGCAGGCAUUGCACAAACUUCGCGAAUUCCUGGGCCACCAGAAACCGGGAGGGCAGGACGAAGCCUGGAAGUUGUACAGCUCCAUUCCUGCAGCUCAUCUUGCAGCAGACGGACAUUGGCACUUGCGAGCAGACUUGCUAGAAUAUCUCGCCAUAGACGACGAUCCCCCUGUGCCUAACCGGGUGCUGAAGCUUUUCGAAGAGAUCCCUGAACAACACCGCAGAGACUCAUCCUAUCGAGCAGCUAUAGCGUCGUACAUGUCCCUGCGAAUGGUUGGGCCUGCGCUGCAGCUUCUCGAAGAUGCACUCUCAACACAAUACGAACUUGACUACUCAGUUAUCGGCAUCGACCUCGUAUUACGCCGUACCGUACUCGAUGAACAAUGGGAUCUCAGUCUCCGCGUCUUCAGCUUAUACCUUGAACAAAAGCCCACCUUCACCGUCAGUGAAACACCUGUGACCACGUGGAUACGAUGGGGCAAUACACUGCCUCAUAUCUGGAAGGGCGUCGCCACAUUGAAUAGACUCGAUAAUCACUUGCGGUCAUUUUUGUUGUAUCUGCGCGAGUUCCGCUAUUUGUUUGACCCGCUGGAGCAAGAGGAACAUCUGCCUUCCCCGGAACGACCAAAGGAAGACAAGGAAAAGAAGAGAGCUUUGCUGCUUUUCACCAUGACAUUCGUACCUCAUACGAUGGACCAGGUCAUGCAAAGUUCCACGUGGAGCGAGCACGGUGUGGCACAGUUCAUCCGUCGACUACACAAGGCACUGGUCAAGCUCAACUUCCCAAUGUCGGUAAUCAACGAACAUACGAUCAGUCGUCUGUUGAACGUACCAAGUAAUCGCGCAGUAGACCAGAUACCUUCACUCAUCGCCAAAGUGUGGGGGGAGCAUCGGCAGCUAUGCUUGGACAGCCGAGAGUCGUCGGAGGAACACAAGCACAAGUCAUCAAAACCAAAGUUACACACCUUGCGAAACUUGAUCAUUUAUUACUGGCGUCGCGACCAAUUCGCACAGGCGCACGCAGUGAUUUCAGACCAUCACAUGUUUUACCCCAAGGAGCCAAUGAGGGCCGGCUUGCUCAAGUAUAUGGUGCACAGAUUUGCCGAGCACGGAGAUUUUGCUCAGACCGAAAAGUAUCUUGAGGAGUUUCGACGUUACUACAAGGACCAGACUGACGUAAAAUUGGUAUCAGCACUAGCUUUUGCCUGUGCAAGACGCGCAGACGUCGAGGGAGCAAUUGCGCAGUUUCACCGGAUCCGUGACGAAUUCGGUCUGAUACCAGAUACAGUUUGUUGGAACAUUCUAAUAUUGGCAUACUUUCGCGCCGACGACCUUGAUGGAGCCCUAGAGUGCUUUAACACAAUGGUGGGUAACGGUAUUGCUGCGGACGUUUAUACUUUCGGAACGCUGCUUGAUGCUUGCGCUCAACGAGGCGAUGUCGAAGCAUUUGAAGCAUUGUACUCGCGAGCGGAGCAAACAGGCGUUCAAUUGGUGCAAAACCUUAGAGUGAGGUCUGCAUAUGUUGAGGUGUUCUUGCAAUCUGGCGAUGUACAAGCCGCUGAGGCUGUUGCGCAAGGACUGCUCAAAGCUUGGAGUGCGGGCACUCUGAGCGGCAACCUGACGUACACCUGGAACCUGCUAAUCCAGCACUGUGCGCUCGAGCGUGAUAUUGCAGGCGCCAGAGCACGAUACCGGGAAAUGAUCGAUCAUGAUAUUCCUUUGGACUCCUGGACAUAUGGUAGCUUGAUGCGAGCGCUUGUUGAGGUCAAACAGACAAACGCUGCCUACAAGAUUCUCAGGACAACCAUGCCUCGCAAUAAUCUUCGCAUUCAUGCGCUACAUUACGCCAUUGUCAUGACUGGUUUUCUGAGGGAAGGUGGUGAACAACUGGACUUGGCCGUCCAGGUCUACCAGGAAAUGAAAAAGGAGAAGAUACCGCAAACGAUGAGCUCGCAAGAAGCAACAAUACGCACGCUUGGAAUGUCGCAAAUAAAGGAACUACAAAACACCAAAAAGCAUGCAAACUACAAACUGAAGGACGUUGACGAAGCUGUGGAAGAAAUGCUCGCUGAUGCGUUGCAAGGACAAGCUAUGUAUCGAGAACCGCAACAUACGCGACAAAUGGAUACUCGUAACUAUGGUUCAGGGCCGCAGGCCUUGUAUGGUCUCUUGAUCUCGCUGUAUGCACAACGAGGCGCAUAUAAGACCUGCAUGCGUCUGAUUAAGAAAGCCGAGCGGUUAAAACCAGACGUGCAAAACUACACAGUGCCCAUCACUCUUGCCACAGGGGCAAUGGAGGUGCACUUUAAAGCCGGCGAGCACGCCGAAGUAGCGCGCAUGUGGGAGCUUGCACGCACUUCUGCUAGGAAACUCGUCAAUACGUUCUCAGAGAUCGCAAUCCAAGAAACACCGGUACCCACGUCGGGCGACUUGCUAGAUGCAUCCUCGAUCAGAGAGAGCUUUGAGCAAUCCCGAAUCGCCCCGAAUCGCCGUAACAUCCUGUACAAAGCCACGCGCGUGUAUAUGCGCAGUUUGUUUGAUUCCAAGAAUCCAAAUACGGAGGCCUUGCAAGAAGCGCAGCGUACCAUGGCCGAGCUCGCGGCCGCUGGUUACACCAUUGACGUCUUCACCUGGAACGAGCUUGUCACUACACUCGCGCAGCGCGGUAAAAUCUCUACUGCCUUCGCCAUCUGUGAAGAGUACUUGAUGCCCAAUUUCCCUGGCUGGCGCAGUUUGCACCCGAACUACAUUCGCAAAGACCGCAAGGGUUACAGAUGGAUGGAGCUGCGAUGGGACGACAUCAGGCCGGACAGCAUCAUGCCACGAUACAAGACACUCAUUGUCCUGGCAGCGCAGUACAGGAACGUCCGGCGCGACGAGCGCAACGCUAUUGGGUAUGACGAGGAGAAGGGUCUUUGGCUGCGUGAAAAGUUGGAGGAAGCGGCCCCGAUGACGCUGAGGGCGAUUCAGUCGAUGCCGAGCACCAACGACAAGCUGCAGAUGGAGUACUUCCAUGACGCGUUGUAG